AUGUUCCACUCUUUCGACAGUCGCCGGAGCCCCUCGGCAUCGGCAGCCGCCGCUCCGACUCUGCCCCGGAAAGUCAACCGCUCGUGCCAGGAGUGCACGAGACGGAAAGUCAAAUGCGACGGUGGACACCCUUGCGCCAGUUGCCAGUACUACAAAGUGGCAGACUCGUGCGAGUAUAGGCAGCGGAGCAGACGGCACGCUGUGAGCAGGAGCACUCUUGAAAAGACUGCAGAGAAGCUCCGCGACCAGUCCCGUGUCCUGCAGGAACUCUUCCCCGACGUCUCCGUGGACGACCUGCUCGGCAAGAGUCGGGCGGAACUGCUCGCGUUGCUACCACGAGACUCGCUCUCUGGUACACGUCCCGCCGUUCCACAGGCCGGCCUCUUACCAGCUGGUGUCGUCUCAACCGCUGCUCCGGAAGAAGACGGGAACGAGGACGAGGACGAUGUUCCAGACGACCCGACGCAGCUCUCCGAGAGCGGGGAAGCCGCCAACGACAGGCGCUGGGAGGAGUCCGCGCACCAGCCCACCACCAUCCGAGCCAGCGACGACAUCAACGCCGUGAGCCUGGCGACGGACCAGCACCAUAGUUCCUACCUCGGCGUCACCUCUGUUAGCGCCGUCCUGAGAGCCAUCUUCCGUCUCUGCCCCGCCGCGAAAGAGCACACGGCCCAGCGCGUCAAGACGUGGAACGACGCCCAAAAUCAAUCCCAGCUGCUGCCGUCGCUGUCCCCCGCCGGGGCCGGGGCCGGCCAGAACCCUCUGCGCGAGCGGCGCUGCAUCGUGUUCUACUUUGACCACGUCCACCCCAUCACCCCGAUUCUCAACGAGGACGACUUCCGGCGGACCCUUGCCUCGGGGGCCCGCCACGACGGCUCUUGGCUGGCCCUCCUCAACAUGGUCUUCACUCUGGGCUCCGUCGCUUCCGGCAGCGACUCGCUGCACCUACACUACUACAAGCAGGCACGCGCCCACCUCGACAUAGACUUCCUCGGCUCCGGCAACAUGGAGAGCCUCCAGGCCCUCUGCCUGUUAGGCGGCUACUACCUCCACUACCGCAACUCCCCCAACAUGGCCUACGCCGUCCUCGGCGCCGCCCACCGCGUCGCCAUAGCCCUCGGCCUGCAUCGGGAACCCGCCCCUCGCAGCCGCAUCGCCGACGAACGCCCCGUGAGCGAUGCGGAGCGCGAUACCCGCGUCUCCCGCGCCGAGACACGCCGCCGCACCUGGUGGGGCCUGUUCUGUCUCGACACCUGGGCGAGCAUGACCCUGGGCCGUCCGACCUGCGGCCGCUGGGACGGUAGUACUAUGGACACGCUCCUGCCGGCGUCGUUGUUCCCUGACGACCACGUCGCCGCAUCGCUGCGGGCCAGCUGCAUGUUCUGUCACAUAUGUGACCGGAUCCAGCACCGCUUCGCCCAGCACGCCCGCUUGUCCGCCCAGGAGGCCUUGGCCUUCGACCGCGAGCUCAGGGAGUGGCACGCCUCCUUGCCCGAGUACCUGCGUGACCCGGCGAACUCCCCGCCCCGGCUGGCGAUGGCCCGCGAGUUCAUGCGCAACCGUUACUUGAGCGUGCGGCUCAUCUUGUCACGCUGCUUCCUGUUGUAUCUCGCCCAAAGCCACGGCCUCAGACGCGGUGCCGCGUCUGUCUCCAGCAUCGCUGAGCCCUCUGCCGAAGAUAUGAUGCUAGUCGACAUAUGCCGCUCUGUCGCUUUGGAGGCCAUCGAUGCAAUAACGCUCUACUGGAUGCCCAACCGCAUCCACGUCUGGAACUCGGCCUGGUACCUGUUCCAGGCCUGCAUGGUUCCGCUGCUGUCCAUCGCCAUCGAGACUAGGCACCGCCACUCGUCCUGCCAGCAGGAGAGACCGGCCGUCCGCCCGAUACCUUCACUGGCCACUGCCGGCAUGCCUCCGGUAGCACCCCUGGCCACAUGGUGCGCGGGCCUCACCAAGGCCCUCGAGGUCUUCGCCGAGAUGCGCCCCUGGAUGCGCACCUCGGACUACACCCCGGAAAUCGUCGCGGCGCUCUACGAGGCUGUCACCGCCGAGAUUGAAGAACCCGGAGCCGCCGUCGGGCCCGCCACCCGCACACCCUCAGCCACGACGGACGGCAGCAUGGACCUGUUCGAGUGGUGCGACGAGCAGCUCGCGGAACUGGACUGGGGCACAUACCUCGGCGUCGGCGGCGAAGAUGGGAUGCAUCAGCGCAUGUUUGCCUUCUUCUGA